GAGUGCAAAUCUUCCCAGGGAAAGGCAGCCCUUGGGAGCCCAGGAGGGAAGGCAAGGGGAGCCUCCUGGAGAGAAAAGGAGUCUGGCUGCUCUUCAGGCAUCUCCUGAGCCUCUUUAAAUGGCAAAUCUGCUCCUCCGUCUUCAGAUAAAGAAGAAGAAGGAAUGGUCUCCCAGUCUUUUGCCUUGAGUGAGGAUCUGGCAGCAGGAGGAAGAGCCUCUUUGGCCAUUUUGGAACCUGUCUAGGCACACCAGUCAAAGAUGGAAAAGCAAGACUCAGCUGGACCUGAGUUAGGGAAAGGCCUGCCAUGCCUUCCAGCUGGGAGCAUUUGGGAAUUCUGCAGAGCAUCAACACAGAAGAGCCAGACAGAAGUUACGUCCCAUUCAGAGGUAAAGCAGGAGCAUUUUAAGCAGUUGUACUAUAAGGAAGCUGAUGCCCCCCGAGAGCUUUGCAGCCAACUCCAUGCUCUUUGCCAUCAGUGGCUGAAGCCAGAGACACACACCAAAGCCCAGAUCCUGGACCUGGUGAUCCUGGACCAGUUCCUGGCCAUCCUUCCCCCAGAGAUGGCAGCCUGGGUCAGGGAAUGUGAGGCAGAGACCAGUUCCCAGGCAGUAGCCCUGGCUGAAGGUUUCCUCCUGAGCCAGGCAGAGGAGAAGAAGCAGAAAAAGCAGCAGGAUCUCAUUGUAGAAAAGGCUGGUGAUCUUCCUGUGGCAAAGAAGGCUCUCUCAGACUCUGGGAAGACAGUGCAAUCCGAGUGGAUGGUACAGCAAAAUGAAAGAAGCACCACCAUAAUGGGCAACGAAACACAGCCAUUGCUAAUAGAUCCCAGCUUCCCUCUUCCUUUUGAGGCACUGAGAACACCUGUGUACCUGGAUCAGGUGACCUUUGAGGAAGUGGCUGUGUAUUUCAGCGAGGAGGAGUGGGACUUUCUGGAUCAAGAUCAGAGGGCCCUCCAUAGGGAAGUCAUGGGGGAGAAUUUGAAGAUUGUGGCCUCUCUGGCCCUCCUUCAUCCUCCUCCUAAAAAUGCUGAAGCUGCCUAAAAGGUUUUAGCUAGACAGAAGAUGAAGAAGAAACAAAGACUCUGUAAAAAGUGCUUGGUAUUCCCAGUCUUUUGCCCUGAAGGAAGAUCUGGUAGCAAUAAGAACAGCCCCUUUGGCCAUCGUGGAAGCUACUUAAGAGCACCAGUCAAAGAUGGGAAAGCAAAGCUCAGCUGGCCUUGAAUUA